AUGGCCGCCCGGAGUAGGCCUCAGCCGCCGCCAGAACCGCUGCCAUGGCAACCGCCGCCUCCGCAGCGCCAAGCGGCCGCACGGCCUGAUGGGAAAAUGAGUCCGGAAACUGAUUUGAUAAAAUGUACCGUAAAUGGUGAUUUGAAUCAAUUCAGUUUUUUUAAAAAAAACAAAAAACCAUUGAUUUGGAUCCACCCUGAUCAUAACAGCAGGCAGCAAGAACGGUCUUUUUUCCCCGUGAAUUGGCCUGGAGAGGUUCCUCUUCCCCUCCAACCCACAAAGACUAAAAUCUCUGAAUGUUUUCCACAGGACUCUGGGGAGGAGAAGGCAGACUCUCCGUACUUGCUGGCCCGUCGCAAGCUGGAGAACCUCCUGAACAAGAGCAUGCGCAUCCGCAUGACGGACGGGCGCACCCUCGUGGGCUGUUUCUUGUGCACCGACCGGGACUGCAACGUGAUCCUGGGUUCAGCCCAAGAGUACCUAAAACCCACUGACUCCUUCUCAGCUGGAGAGCCCCGGGUCCUGGGUCUUGCCAUGGUGCCGGGCCACCACAUCGUUUCCAUUGAGGUGGAACUGGAGAGCCUGACCUCCCUGCAGUACCUCUGACGCUGCGCCAGGGGGCAGCAGGUCUCUCUCUCUCUCUCUCUCUGCCUGCCAUCCGGCACAAGAGGCGGCCGGGCAGGGAGCCGAGAGGCCCUGAAUGGACUGUCUCCCUUUCUCAGAACUGGAACCCCCCUGGGGGUGUGGGGGUGUGUGCAGGGCUUUGCCAAGUUCACAAGAAGGUACCCGAAGCUGGAGGAGAAAGCCGGACCAGAGGGGCACCACCUCUCCGCUUCCCUGACCUGAGGAGCUGUUUUGUGUUUGUUAAAUAAAAUGAUUUAGAAGAA